UUGUUUGUUUAUUGCACGGAUAACUGAUGGACAUACACUUGCGCCUGUUUGGUAAAUUGAGUAUCGAAUGAUGAAAUUGACAGAACUAUUGCAAAAAAGUGCAUAAUCCUAUUUGUCGAGAGUGAGCUCUGUAAAAGUUGCAAAUCGCUAAAGGCAACGUGCAGAGAUGUCGCGUGAAUACGUAUCGCUCAUGCGGGCGCAGACCGACAGAGAAAAGGAGUCUGUUAUGUUAUACUUAUAUGAAUUAAAAAGCGGGUAAUCCGUGCUUGCUUUAGCCACAGUGCAUUCUGCUCUCCAGUUUCGCCCUCGAUACUUUAUUUUGGUUUAUUCUCAUUUUCUUUGAUUAAAAAUGGAAGAAGCUAGAUUGACUCAACCCACAUUUAAACUAAAAUUUGCCAAACAAAUACAAUGCAUUGAAUGGUCACCUUAUGAGUGGUCACAAGAUUUAGCGUGCAUUGCUUUAGGAGAAGAAAUAAUUGUAGCUUUAAUAAAAUUCCAGGAAGAAGAUGACACUGUUGAAGAUAUCAUUUAUAAUCCUCUAAGAAUUUUUCAUCAUGAAACUAGAGUUCAUACAAUUGCUUGGAGUCCAGAGACAUCUCUUAGUGUAGUACCUAGAAUCGUGUCAUUUUGUGUUGGAGGUGCAGACUUCAAAAUAAGACUAUACAACAGCGAUUUGAGUGAAAAUAAUAUUGUUGAGGUUUUAGAAGGCCAUAAGGAUUAUGUCAAUUGUAUUGCCUAUGAUCCUGAUGGUGAAGUCCUUGCUUCAGUAUCCGAUGAUCACACUUGUAAAUUGUGGGCCAUUAAAGAAGAUCAAAAAUGUAUUUUGACACUUCCUCUGCACACAUCCGGUAUGGUUGUACGCUGGCAUGCAGAAGAAAUAGGAAAGUUGUUGGUUGGAGAAAAGAACGGUGUUAUAAGGAUGUAUAACGUAAGAAGUCAACAAGCAAUCAUGUCUUUGGAUGCUGGUACAAUACCAAUGCUAACUGCUGAUUGGAGUUUAAAUCCAAUCAAAGUCGCUUGUGUAGCUUCUGGAGAGCUGAUUGUGUGGGAUGUUUCUAGGCCUAGUCGUCCUUUGGAAACAAGAACUGUUCACAUAGAAGGAGGUACAAUGAUGAAAUUUGCUCCUUUUAGUGAACAUCUGAUUGCAAGUAUUGGAAGACCUGAUAAUCUUUUAAAAAUUAUUAAUUUAAAGUCAAAACCAGUAAUAAUGUGUGGGAAAGUAAUGUUGUUUGGAGGAUUGACAUGGCAUCAAAGAUUGCCAAUUGUCUGUGCAGCUAGUGAUAGACAACUUUUGUUCUGGAGGGUGGAUAAUCAAUUGUAAAAGAAAUUAUUAGAAAAAAUUUUUAUAUACAACUUCUGUACAUACUUUUCAUCCAAAAAAAUUAUAAAUUU